ACGUGACUUCUAACAAAAGUCAAAUGGAACUCCAAUCAUGUUUUGAUAUUGUAUUCACGCGAGCCAACUUGUAUCCAUUUUUUCCCCCUCAUUAUGACCCUCUUCAAAUAAAAAGUUUAGCUCGCGCGCUUGACGCGGAGACGAGUGUCGUCGCUUGAAAAUGACGUCACCGGACGGAGCUCGAGUCUUGACAGGCGGGCUAAAGAAGCUUGUAGAGGAUUGAAGGAUUACGGACCCCGGGGACGUCGGAAGCCGCGCGACACCGACACCGACACCGACUGCGUUGUCGGCACUUUUCUACCUGUCGACUGCUUUCCUGAAGCCCGAAAGCGUGGGAAACCACGACGACGCCUCUUUGCGGUUUCCUUGACAACGGUGAGCCGACCCCCAUACGUUGCGUGUACGCCAAACGGUCGUCUUGGAACAUGUUGGGACGAGUGCGAGCAGUCGAGGACCUUGCUAUUUCCCCGCACGUACUAGUAUUUGUACGAAAGUCAAAAGCUCGUUUGGGAAAUUCAAGGCUUGCACAGCACACCGCCGUCGCCGCCGUCAUGCGAGAAGCCGCCAGGAGAUGGCGCAUGCGCAUUCGCAUUCGGCAUGCAGCGUUGUCGGUAUCGCAAUCCGUUCAGUCGUCGUCUGCUGUAAAUUUUCAAUCAGUUCAUCACGAGACGUGCAGACGAUUUGACACUAAUGAAAAAACGCUUUGAGAAAUAAGACUUGCUUUCACAACAUCGUCGCUACAUUAACUUUGACGGGAAGGUCAAAGCUAAGGGUAGGGGCGAUGAAAGCUUUUUCGGUGCUUCUGCCACUCCAAGUUUUUUUGGGAGUAGAUGUCCGUUCGUCCGUUCGUUCAACUGCCGCCGACCCUGCCGUAUCAAACGGAUUGGACUCGGCGCGCCCGGUGUCAAUGAAAUCACGACAACGACGGCUUUACGUUCAAACGCGCAUCGGAACAGUAUCGGCCGGCAAUCGCUAGAAUUGCGGGAAUUAAAAAAAAAAAAAAAACGGUAUCGGUGCGACGCUCAGUGACGGUAGGCCAAAUUUUGUGCAUGCUCAGCGGCGGGGCGGCCAUGAGCGGCGACGACGACGGCAAGUGGCUGGACGCCCACUACGACCCGCUGGCGGGCCUGCGCACCUUCACUUCCUGCGUGGCGCUGGCCGACCUGAGCGGGGACGGGGACGCCCGGCUGGUGGCGGCCGACCUGGGUGGCGGUCACCGGCCGGCCGUCAAGCUCAAGGUCUACCAGGGGACGGCGCUGAGCGGCGAGAGCGUCCUGCUGGACCUCCCGUGCGGCCUGGUAACCUUCUUCAUGGAUCUGCACGAGCCUCGCGUCCCCGCCGUGGCCGUGGCGUCCGGUUCUUGCGUCUACGUCUACAAGAACCUCAGACCCUACUUCAAGUUCACGCUGCCCGGACUCGGAGUCGACGAGUCGGAGCAGGACGCCUGGCGGGAGGCGAGGGAGGGCCGCAUCGACCCCCCGGCCCUCAAGGAGCUGUUGGAGAGCCUGAGGAAUAAGUCGGACGCGCCCUUGUCCGCGCGCUCGCUCCGCUUCCUGUCGACGGACGCCGAGAACCUGGAAGACUUUGUCCGGCUGCACGGGCAACAGCCCGUCAAACGACAGACGGUCAUCACGUGCAUCUCCACGCUGAAGAAGAGCACGGCGGACGAGGACGGCGUCAGCUGCCUGCUGAUCGGCACCGAGAGCGCCCAUCUUUACGUGCUGGACCCCGAGGCUUUCAUCAUUCUGGCAAAGAUGUCGCUGCCGGCCCCGCCCACCGCCAUGGACGUGACGGGUCAGUUCGACGUGGAGUUCCGCAUCACGGCGGCGUGCCGCGACGGGAACAUCUACGUCCUCCGCAGGGACUCUGAGAGAGCCAAAUACCGCGUGGAGCUGACCUCGCAUCCCGUCGGCCUGCUGAGGGUCGGCAAGAACGUGGUGGUGGGAACCGCCGACCGCAACCUGCAGGCCUUCACGCAGAAGGGUAAGAAGCUGUGGAAGGUGACCCUCCCGGCAGCCAUCCGUACCAUGGCCCCCAUGGAGCUGCCGGCGCGAGGCCUGCAGGCGGUCCUGGUGGCUCUGGCCAACUGCGAGGUCCACCUGUACCGCGACAAGAACCUGCUGAGCACGGUCAAGACCCCGGCCGCCGUCAGCGCCGUCCGCUUCGGGCGCUACGGACGCGAGGACGGGACCCUUGUGAUGAGCACCGAGGGCGGCGGCCUGAUGGUGAAGAUCCUCAAGAGGACGGCCGAGUUCCGGGAGAGGGACGGCGCCCCCGGCCCCCCGGCGGCGCAGAGCGUGCGCCUCGACGUGCCCAAGAAGACCAAGCUGUACGUGGACCAGACCCUGAGGGAGCGCGAGCACGGCGCCGCCAUGCACCGGGCCUUCCGGAUGGACCUGGCCCGCCUGCGGCUGGCGGCGGCGCGGGCCUACGCCCGAGCCCUGGAGUCCAGCCUGGCCCCGGUGUCGUCGGGACCCGGCCGCUCGCUCAAGAUCAACGCGGCCGUCCGGGGCCUGGGCCCCUCCUUCGAGCUGACGCUCGGCCUGCAGAACACGGCGGCGUGCCGGCCCCUGCUGGACCUGGCCGUCAGCUUCCUCUACGACCCGGCCUCGUACAGGGUGAGGGACCCCUUGCUGAAGAUUCCCAUGCUGCUGCCGGGACCCGUCUACCCGCUCCGGACGCUGGUGGAGUGCGUCGGCGACGUCUCCGACGUCAUCAAGGUCUUCGUCCUGGCCGGCCGCCGGAGCGCGCCGCUGCUCACCGCGCACAUCAACAUGCCCGCCGGCGAGGGGGCCCGCUGACCGCCCGAGGGACCUUCUCUCGCCCACCCGGGAUUUGACGAAUGAGUGUCUGACUUUAAACUUGAAAAGCGUCAUUGGCUACAACUGCCUCAAAUGAAUAGGACGCCACCGAGUAAAUAGCCGAUGCUUGGACGUCUUUUAAAAAUGGGUUGAGAAAUACGCUAGAUAUUUGCACAGGUGGGCGGUAACGCGUUGAGUCACUUUUUGAGAAUUCAAACAGUUACUUUUGCUUGAGUAGAUUUAUGAAGAAGAAACGCUACGGCGACAUUACAUUUUUUCUCUUUAUUCUUCAUAUUACAUUUGACCUCUUUUUUUGUGCUAGAGAUGCCAACAGUAGCUCUACCAGUUCCACCAAUCAGACAUGGCAACAGUAAUCACAGAACUCCAUUACGGCAAUCAGACUCAAACUUGCUGUUCUAUGAUCAAGGAGCGUAUUUAAAGCAGGGUCAAAAAUGUAAAAAAAAAAGUAUUCGACAUAGCAGUCAACAGCAGCGCAGAUUUGAAUCUUUUUAUUUGGUACCGAUUGACAGGGAAAAACCGGAGUUGCAAUCCCUUUUGUUUCAUAAGAGGAAAUACGUUUUCUCCUCUAGAGAGCACUCUCUACUCUUUGAACGAAUCAUGCUGAAUUUCUGUAUUUUUUUCUUUUUCUGAAAUUCAAUGUUUUUUUUGUUGUUGUUAUUCUUUGGCUUCAUGUGGUAGUGUCAAGUUAUAGUACAGUAUAUUAGUAACAGUUUGUAUAGAAAAUUUUGUGCUGAGAAAAAAAAAACAAUUAAAAAAAUCAAACAUCGUUA